UUAAUCAGUUUGGCUGGGAUGUGGUUGGUUGGUAGGUGGCAGCUCCUACACGGCCGGCCCAUCUUUCCUACUCUCACCAACACGUUUCACGAGCUGGGGGAGAAAGCAGGUGGAGAUCAACAGAGAUGGCAAUGGAAAGGGAGAGAAAACCUACCGCUUUCUAAAUACCUUGAAUUCGAACGAGAAAAUUUAGAUCUUUCUUUGCUUGAUUUUCAAGCUUGAAAAUCGUUUGAAUCCGGUGAACCUUGUGACAAUUAUCCUUUUAUAUUAAGUAGUGAAGAGCUCCUUCUCUGCUCAAGAUAUAAUCUGAUCUACCCACCACCUGAUUCAACAGGAAACGACCUGAUCGACCAAAUCCUUCAGCUUUUCCGGUAGUUCGGCAAACACCAACCGGAAAAAAUGGGUUCAACGCCGACGGCGGAGGACUCGGGGACGCCGGCCAACUUCUGGGGGGACAUGCCGGAGGAAGAGUACUACGCUUCCCAGGGAGUGAAGCACACGCAGUCCUACUUCAGCACCCCCAAUGGCACCAUCUUCACCCAGUCAUGGCUCCCUUCCUCCGCCUCCGUCCACGCCAUCCUCUGCAUGACCCACGGCUACAGCGAGGACACCAGCUGGGUCUUCCAGAAGACCGCCAUGUUCUUCGCUCGUUGCGGCUACGCCGUCUUUGGCGCCGACCUCCUGGGCCACGGCCGCUCCGACGGCCUCCGCGGCUACGUCGGCGACCUCUCCAAGACCGCCUCCUCCUCCUUGCUCUUCUUCCAGUCCGUCCGCGACUCCCCUUCGUUCCGCGGCCUCCCCGCCUUCCUCUAUGGCGCGUCCAUGGGCGGCGCCGCCACCAUGCUCAUGUACUUCCAGGACCCCGACGGCUGGUCCGGCCUCAUCUUCUGCGCCCCGCUCUUCAUCAUGCCGGAAAAGAUGAAGCCCUCCCGCCUGCGCCUUUUCCUCUUCGGCCUCCUCCUCGGCCUUGCAGAUACCUGGGCCGCCAUGCCCGCCUUGAACAUGAUAGGCUCCGUGAAGGACCACGAAAAGCUCAAGAUUAUGGUCGCCAACCCCCGGCGGUACGCCGGUCCCCCUCGGGUGGGCACCAUGAGGGAGCUCUCCCGCGUCUGCGACUACAUCCAGGCCAACUUCGACAAGGUAAGGGCGCCGUUCCUCACACUCCACGGCACCGCCGACGGCAUCACGGCGCCGGAGUCGAGCACGCUGCUGUACGAGAAGGCGGCCAGCGAGGACAAGUCGGUGAAGCUGUACGAGGGGAUGUACCACGCGUUGAUUGAAGGCGAGCCCGAGGAGAACAGCACCAAGGUGCUGGCGGACAUAAGAGAGUGGCUCGACGCCCGAGCCAAGACUGGGCUCGGACGCGUCCUCGAUUAGUCGAGCCCAGUCGGCCUAACGGUAGACCGACGUCUACAAUUUUGCUGUUGCUGUACCUUGGUUUGGUCGGAUGAGCAAUAGCACCAAGUUGGUGGUGAAGAUGAGUCUGGUCUAUUAGUAGAACUUACCUACUACUUUUUUCAAAAACGAGAAUACAACUGCUUGCCUUCCUCAAGGAAUUCGGGUGCUGGGAAAGACGAAAAGUGCAGCCUAAAUUCUCUCUCAAGUUGGUGUGACUUUAGAUGGUAGGUUGUAGAGUUUCAAUAAAACACUUUGUAACUGUUA